ACUGUUGCCCAAAUCCCGCUCUUAAGCCUGCCAAAAUAUUGGGUCGGGCUUUCCAGGAUUGGGCUAACUGCCUAGCCAUUGAUCCCUUUACCUGCUUGCUCUCUCCACAUUUCCGAAUAGCCAACAAAGCUUUCUUCUUUGACACAGAAAAAACAUGGCAAGAAGAAAACUUCUAUUGCUCUUGAAACCAUUUGAUGUCUACCAAGUUACUCAAUCAAAUGCGGUUUCUCGCUUCUCCAAUCCUCGGAUUUUCCAUUAUAUUGAUAAUAGGCGUAAGGUGCACAAAGAGGCCAUAAACGUCUGUCAGAAAAUUUUACAGCAGAAGCCAAUUGACUGGAAACCCAUAUUUCGUAACAAUUUAUCACAACCAAUUCAUAAUGUGGAUUUGGUUGUUACAGUUGGUGGUGAUGGUACUCUUUUGCAGGCCAGCCAUUUCUUGGAUGACUCAAUUCCAGUUCUAGGGGUUAAUUCUGAUCCUACACAAGCUGAAGAGGUUGAAAAAUUCAGCAAUGAGUUUGAUGCUACUAGAAGCACUGGCUAUUUAUGUGCAGCAACAGUAAAAAAUUUCGAGCAAGUGCUAGAUGGCUUUCUAGAGGAUCAGAUAGUUCCUUCGAAGUUGUCUAGGAUAUCAGUAUCUGUAAACUCAAAAGUUCUGCCUACAUGUGCUCUUAAUGAUAUCUUGAUUGCUCACCCUUGUCCUGCAACUGUUUCCCGGUUCUCAUUCAAAAUUAGAGGGGAUGAUGAAACAUGUUCACCAUUAGUGAAUUGCCGAUCAAGUGGUCUCAGAAUCUCAACUGCGGCAGGAUCAACAGCUGCCAUGCACUCAGCGGGAGGAUUUCCAAUGCCUAUUUUAUCUAGGGAUCUUCAAUAUAUGGUAAGAGAGCCUAUUUCACAGGGACCAGCCAUUUCUCGCUUAAUGCAUGGUUUAAUCAGGUCAGAUCAGUCAAUGGAUGCUUCAUGGUUUUCUAAAGAGGGUUUUGUAUAUUUUGAUGGCUCUCAUGUUUUCCACACUAUCCAAAAUGGGGACACCAUAGAAAUAUCUUCCAAGGCCCCAGUUUUGCAAGUUGUCUUGCCUCAUUUAUCAACAUAGAACUCUUGUAAAGAGCUGGCAAAUGUUCAUCCGAAAAAACUAAACAUUUUUGAACCAUGACUAGUUCAUAGCUCUUGUAAAUACGAAAGAGACACGUAGAGAACCAAUCUUUCAUUUUCCACAUAGAAAAUUCAAAUAUUUUCUUCUUUGAAAGCUACAAA